AUGGACUUGGAACUCAGCGGUAAGAAAGCACUCAUAACCGGUGGAAGUCGCGGUAUCGGUAAGGCGAUAGCCCUAGAGCUUGCCAGAGAGGGCGUCGAUAUUGCCAUAGCAGCCCGCGACUUGGACGCUCUCGACGAAGCAGCUCGCGAUAUAGCGCCUGCAAUGGGACAGGAAAGGGUCAACUCGACUGCUUUCGGUUCGGGAUUUCGCGCGCGCCGAUACAAUUUGUCAGGCGUUGGUAGAAAACUGGUCGCGGUUCGCGCAGACACAACCAAGGACGAUGAAGUGCAGACUCUUGUUGACAUCGCGGCAGACGAACUUGGAGGCAUAGACAUUCUGACUAUGUCCGCGGAGCUUGGGCAGUACGGCAUAACAGUCAAUGUCAUACACCCCGGCACCACUAUCACUGAACGCUCCGCUCCUAUGUAUGAAGCGCAGGCGCAACGGGAAGGCACGACGCGCGCUGAAGUCGAGGCGCAGGUGGCAUCUGGGAUCGCGGUUGGGCGUAUCAUCGACGCCUCCGAAGUCGCAUACGUCGUGGCAUUCAUAGCAUCGCCCAAGGCUGGUUCAAUCACCGGCGAGGCAAUCGCCACCGGUGGCGGCGUAGGCAGUGCAGUGCAUCAAUAG